UACUGUGUGCACAGUACCCGCAAUUGACCUCACGGUAUUUGGCUCUGUUUGAUAACCGUGGUCUGCUCCCCUCCUCUCAUUCUUUUUCCCCGGUUUUCAAAAGCUAGGUUUCGCAGGUCACAACCCAUUGUGAAAUCAUUUUCCGAGAGAGCCGCCCCCAAUGUCAAUUUGCAGAAAUCUUUCGCUGAAGGAGCCGCCAAUGUCGAUCGUGUACUAUGCUGCCCCGAUAAUCAUCCCCUCUCAUAUGAUUCGGUUAACUUUGAUUUCUCCUAUUUUGCCCCUCUCAUGUGAUACUGUUAGCUUUGACUUUUCCUAUUUUCCUUCUCUUUUCUUUCUAUUAUGUUUCAUUAUUGAGUAGAGUUGCUAAGCCUGUGUUUUUUGUGGGGUUUUAUGCCCUGUAUUUCUGAGGUUUGGCGGCAGAAAACAUGUCCUUAGAUGACCAUCUAUUUGUUAAUACCAUUGCAGGCUUCAAGCUACACGGAUUUCUAUUUUUUUUGUCAAGGGGCUAUGUCUCUUCCGGAGAUCCAGGCACUUUGAAACCCUUCAAUAUAUUCACCAUAAGUAGUUGUUGUGUGUAUAUGCAUUUAGUUAACUUAGUGAUUCUAGCUGGAAGUUGCCUUCAGCUUACACACACCUCAGCAAUUCUUGCACUUCAUAUUUUUUACAUUCAAACCAGAGGGAUAAUAGAGCUUAUAUCAGAAGAGCUUUAUCAAGUCAAGUCAAAAAGACGAGUACAAAGAAAAGAGAACACUGAAUUACCCAAUUGUUUUCUGCGGGAUAAGGAAGAUAACACAAUCUCUUCUACUGUAGGGGGUAGGGAGUUCUAAAAGAAGUCCCAUCUAGGGUUUUUGUGCUGCAGGCAUGCACUGUUACAUCUGGUUGAAUGGGUCUUUUGGGUGUUUUGAUUUGUCAGGUUCAAUUUACUCUCUUCGUCAACAAUUAGAUAGCUUGUGAUAAAUAUCUGAAUGUGUGCUUCUUUUUAUCAUCUUGUUUAUGCAUGUAUAGAUUCUGUUUCAUAUCACAUAAGAUAAUGCUCUUGUAAUUUAUUCUUUAUUGAUGAGAUUUUGUAAUUUUGG